AUGGAUCCUGUAACCAUUGUCACUGCUGCAGCUUCUCUGGCAGGCGCCGUCCUGAAAGCCUCUUGGAAAGUUAAAGAGACCAUCGACGCCUACGACGACGCACCUCAAAACGUAGCAGACAUUGCUGAAGAGGUACAUGCGGUACAAAUAGCGCUCCGACAGGUUGAGAGCGUCGUGCUUCAGGAUCCAGAAGCCAUUGACCGGCUAGGCUUGGAGGAUGUCUUUACCGUGGCCGUCAACGGGUGUCAUGCUACGCUUUUGUCUAUCAGCAAAGAGUACGAGGAUCUGUUUCUCCGGACUGACUGGAAGACCAAGAUCAAAGUCCUGUGGAAGGAGGGAGAAAUGACACGGCUGCUUGGGCGACUAGACCGCAAGAAAGCUACGUUGACGCUAUUGACGCAGACGUUGAACCUUCGAUCAACCCAGGACAUAAAGACAUUGUUGAUGCAAAAUCAGUCAACCUUGAACGCAGCAAAGCAAGAUGUCCGAGAACCUGCGGCGUACUACCCAGAUGUACCUGACUUCCGACCAGCUAGUCCCGAUUCCCUGGAUGAAGGCAGCGUGAUCGGUGUCCCAAGGAACAGGGACUCAGUCAUUAGCACCACGGAGUUUGACUUUGACUACGACUUAAUCAACACUAAGACAUACCGACGAGCGCUCCAAAGAUAUGCCUCUUUCAGCACGCGUACCAGCUCAUCAGUGGAGCAAAGUGCAGACGAGUCGCCUGUUGCGACAUCAGAUCUCGAGCCAGUCAUGGAGGAAGAAGCCGAAGUAGAGGAUCUCAUCAGUUUCUCCCCCGAGGACUUGAGUUUGCAAACACCCUUGAGUCGGGCGACGACAUUGCGACCAGAGCUAGAAGUCACCGACUGUGAUACCCCGCCAGCGACACCACCUAAGGACUUAGAUCACAACAAGGCUGUGGCGCACGUAGAGCAGCUUAAAGCUUCUGGUUCGAAAGAAGGAAGGGACACAGAGACGCCCGAACCCUCCGAUGAUUCAAAGGCAAAGAGAACAUCAUCCCGCAGGAAGCUAGACAGGCGUCCACCAAGACGCCUCGCGGCAGCAGAAGCAGCAGCGGAGAAGUUUCACAGACGAAGCAGGCACGGAAAGUCGGGCACUGCAGCGGAUCAGGAGCUCGAGGUAUCAUCCAACACGAGCACUGGAAUGCUCAGCCGAAGUGUCAGCUUUGAUGAGCCACUUGCAGAUACUGCGUCUCAAUCAUCUGGGAAGCCAGAUAAGUUGAGAAGUCGGCUCCAGAUUCUCAAAUUUAACGAGGAAAACCUCGAGAUCUUUGCGACACUAAACCAGGUAGUACUGGGCGACACUGAAAAGACAACUACGAAGUAUGCUGCUUUGUCCUACACAUGGGGUCAUCCAGUUACAUCUACGGAGCAAUGGGGGCCAUACAGUGUCAAGCCUGAGAAGACGAUCGCCAAAGCGAAGCUCAUCUUGGUCCAGCCCGGAGACUAUCGUCGCAUGCUAAGCGACGACAAUGUCAUCAGCGACUGUACCUGGGUCGACCCAUCACGGCUCUCAGAGUACGAGAUGACUGAGAACCUAUCUGACUUUCUUCUAAGCUUGACGAGCCGAUCCGAGGAACGCGGUGCACACAUACCUCACGUUUGGAUCGAUGCCGUCUGCAUAGACCAGACGAACCCUCAAGAAAAGGCCGUCCAGAUCCCACUCAUGGGUGAGAUCUAUGCGCAGUCUUCAGCGGUCUACAUCUGGCUAGGGAAGCACGAUCGAGACCUCCAGGGUCUGUACUGGAUAUACAGAGAGCUGUUGCCGGCAAUCAGAGAGCAUCAGAAACAAAUAUCCUCAUAUCAGGAGUUUUUCAAGUGGCUUCAGUCGUAUGGACCCGGCGAUGAACGACUCCUGGUAGAUCUUGGGCUCAAGCUCGAGAAUACCUCUCUGAAGAAUCAGUGGAUCACAUAUCUCAUGUUCUUCGCGACAAGGUCCUGGUUCUUCAGGGCUUGGACCUUGCAGGAGGCUGUGGUUGCCAGCAACCCUGUCUUUGUUGUUGGAAACGACUUCCAUGUCUUGAGCUGGGCUGAUACCUGGGAUUUGAGAAGAAUCGUCCAGGCCUGGAGCAACGGUCUAUCAGAACUCACAAUGCACAACAAAAAGCUUGCUCCCGAGUUGAGAGGCAUUCGUCUCAUUCGAGGCUGGACUGAGAUAUUUCCCCUUCGAAGUACCUUCUCGAGCUGCCUCCGAGCUGAAAGUCGGGAGCAAUGGGUUCAGACAUGGUCAUUAUUGCUCUUUAUCGCCACGUCAAAGGACUGCACUGUGACGGUCGACAGAGUCUACUCGACCUUUGGCAUGGCCAAGAUGAUUUGCCCACCAGAAGCCAGCGGAUUCCCAGAAGUUGACUUUUCACGGUCCGCCACCGAAGUCUUUACAAAUGUCGCUCAGUUUCUGCUGUGCAACAGCGGAGGUCUGAGUCUGCUGUCUCUCGUUACAGAUCGGACGUUUAUCAAAACGACUGGUAUGCCUUCUUGGGUGCCAGACUUUGCCAUCAAAGGAGAUCAAGGCCACUUACUUUCCUCCGUAACAAAGUUUAAAGCCUCUGCGGGUAUUCCUGUAGAGCCUCUACCUCGUCACGACGGUGAUUGCAUUACUUUCCGGGGGAAAAGGGUCGGCAAGAUUGCAUUCAUUCCGCCUAAUGGUGGCAAGUUUAGCCCCUUUGCGCUUCAAGUUGCUCUCUGCAUUCCUCAUCUGCCCGAAAAGUACCCGGCAAGUACCGCGGACAGCGCUGAAGCUCUGUGGAGGACUUUGAUAUACGACUUGGGCGAGACUCCCACCACAUCUACAGGGGCAGCCGCCGAAGGAGGAGCUGAUCCAAAACAUGCACAAGGCUUCAAGCAAUGGUUUACAAUUGACUUGACGACAUAUCUCAAUAGGGAUGGGCAUGGCUUGGAAAGACACGAGAGCCGCGAAUUCGGCUGUAUCCUUUCGUCCGACUUUCAAAAAGCUCAUAGCGAGCUCAUUCCAUCCCUGGAUGAGAUCCAUCACAUCGUUCACUACAUACUGGCACACCCGCAACUGGUGCAUCCAUCGCAGGUCCAAGGGCCACUCGGCAGGUCAUACCACACUUUGAUGACUCCUAUCAUUAUGAACAGACGACUGUUUGUUACUGAUCAAGGGUUUAUCGGAUUGGCAAAGUUAUCGGCUCGCAUAGGCGACGAAGUUUGGGUCCUUGCUGGUGGUAGGGUUCCCUACAUCAUGAGACCGAUAGAGGAUGCUAAGAGGUUCUCGCUGGUUGGGGAUGCUUAUGUACACGGUCUGAUGGAUGGGAGUUGGUCUGUCACGAGUCACGCGACUGUUGAGGAUGUUCAGGUUGUGUGA